AUGUCUCCCCCCAAUCCUGAGGAUACAACCCAAGAGCCUGGACCCUCAAGCUCCAAGAAAAAAAAGAAGAAAAGAAAGUGGCCACCGAGCGAGGCCAGUAUCCAUGCCCUCACCAGUGCUGGCCACGGAGCCCUUCUGGCUGGCCGGAACCACGAAGCCUUGACCAGCUUCCAAAGGGCCUUUCUCCUGGCCUCGGAAGCUCCGGACACCAAAGACACCCCCGUUCUCCGGGCCUGUGCCUUCAACCUGGGGGCUGCCUACGUGGAGACGGGGGACCCAGCCAGAGGCCUGGAGCUGCUCCUGCGAGCGCAACCUGAAGAAGAGGCCCAGGGCGUGGGUCAUGGUGACCAGUGCUUUAAUGUAGCCUCCGCCUACCAUGCUUUGGGUGACCUGCCUCAAGCUCUGGCCUGGUACCACAGAGCCCUGAGCCACUAUCAGCCUCUAGGGGACCAGGGGCAGGCCCAGGCCAAGAUGGGAGCCUGCUACCAAGCACUGGGGCAGCCUGAGGAGGCUAUGCGCUGCCUCCAGGAAGCCAGCCGGGUCUACACUCAGGCAGGCCAGCCCCAUGCCGCAGCCCUGGCCCUGGGGGCUGUAGCCGGGUGUAUGCUGACCAGCAAGAGUGGACAGCAUGGGAUGCGCGAGGUGGUCCAGGUACUGGAGGAGAGCCGGAGGCUUGCAGAGAGUAGUCCGGAGCAGGAGCUUCUGGGACAGCUGUACAAUGACCUAGGCCUGGCCUACUUGAAGCUGCGUCUGUUCCCUCUGGCUGCAGAGGCCUUCCUGCAGGCACUGCCCCUAUGUCAAGCACCAGCGGAGGAGGCUACGGUGCUGGGGAACCUGGGAAUGGCCCACAAUGCCCUUGGCAACUACCAGGAGGCCCGGAAGUGUCACCAGCAGGCCUCAGACCUCCACGGUUCUGCAGGCCAGCGGUGGGAGCAGGGUCGGAGUUUUGGCAGCCUGGCAUUUUCCUGGAGUCAGCUGGGGGACCACAUGGCUGCCCGAGACAACUUCCUGCAUGCACUACAGGCUGCCCGGGACACUGGGGAUGUGAAGGGGCAGUGGCAGGCCUGUGAGGGACUGGGGGCCGCGGCAGCACGGCUUGGCCAGCAUGAUCAGGCCGUGGGACACUACAAGGAGGCACUGGCCUACUGCCAGAAGGAGCCAGAUUCUGUACGUGAGCGACUGGUGGCCAAGCUGGCGGAUGCCAUGAGGAACCACGUGGCCCGGAGUGGGCUGGUCCCAACGCAUCCACAGAUCUCGGUUCCAGAAAGGCCCUGGGCUUCAAGUGAGGUCUUCCCAGCCAGUACCCCAUAUGGAGUUGCCCACUGUGCAGUAGACGUACAGCACAGAUCAUUGGGUUCCUGGGAAGAAGAGACAGAGAAGGGGCCAGAGGAGAAUGAGGAGGGGCCAAUGAGGUUUCCCCUGAGGUCCUGGGCCUGGAGACCAGAGAGAUCCAGGGCCCAACUCCCAUCAGGAAGUCGAGCCAUCCCUAGCACGCAGUACUGUGGCAUUCUGGGACACAGUGGUUCCCAAGCCAAUAGGUCAUCCAGACGACCUAGGGAAGCCCCCCGCAGGAACCCUGAGCGGAGACCCCCUGAGUCUUGCUUCUGCAGGAUCAUGUGA